CGUAAAAGAGCAGCUAGAAUGGAAGAAGAGCAAUCAGAUAGUUCUGUGGAGGAGCAGCCUCCCCCAGAACACUAUGGAUGCAAGCACUACAAGAGGAAAGCCAAGUUGGUGGCGCCCUGCUGUGGCAAGGUCUACUCGUGCCGGUUUUGCCACGACGAGGUGGAAGGCCACGAGCUGGACCGGAAGCAGGUGUCCGAGGUGGAGUGCUCGGCCUGCGGAUUCCGGCAGGGAAUACAUCAGAGCUGCAUCAACUGUGAUAUUGUUCUAGCCAAGUAUUUUUGCGAAGUGUGUCGGCUGUACGAUGACGAUAUGAAGCACCAGUACCACUGCGAAGGCUGCGGCAUCUGCCGGGUGGGCGGCCGCGACAGCUUCUACCACUGCAACACCUGCGACAUGUGCCUGCCCAAAAACCUGGAGAACAACCACAAGUGCGUGGAGCGCGUCAGCCGGACUAACUGCGCCGUCUGCAUGGAGGACAUCCACACGUCACGUAUCUCAUCCCACAUCCCGCCCUGCGGCCACAUGAUCCACAAGCCCUGCUUCAAGAUGCUGGUCGACCGCGGCUACUACGCCUGCCCCACCUGCAACGUCGCCAUGUUCAACAUGGACUCGGUUUGGACCAAGCUGGACCAGGAGGUGGUGGAGACGCAGAUGCCGGCCCGCUACCGAAACUGCUACGCC